UAAUGGAAAUAUGUGUAUGACUGUUGAUUAGAGGUGUAACGAUACAUGUAUUCGUACCGAACAGUCACGGUACGGGCAUCUCGGUUCGGUGCUUGAGGCCUUACAACGAAUACAGGCAAUUCACCCUCAACCCAGAAGGGGGCGCCCGCAGUAAUGCAACGCUGUUUGAUAACCGCCGGCAGGAGAACAGCGAAUGCCAGGAGUUGCGCUCUUCAAAACAAAGACCACUAGACAGCGACUAUGUGCUGAUUCUGAACGCGUCUCUCACUGACAAAGGAGUAUAACGUUACUUUUAAGGCUUGCGCACUCAACUGUCUGCGAAAUGGAGCUUUGUGCUCUUGUAUCCUACCUCCCUCAUUCGGCACAAAUCCAAAUAUUCCAUAAUAUUUCCAUAUUUGCGAUGCAUCCAAAUGCUAAACUAUUAUUUAUUAUGUAAAUUACAGAAUUUGUACUACAGUCGAGUUCUAACGGUGGCACAGUGAUGCGGGCGCAGUGCUAGAAGCCUCGAACUGAUUUUUGUGUUUUGUGUUUGUGUGCGCCAGCGCGAUUGCUUCAACUUUCCUCAUACCAGCAAAAUCAACUUAAACAAAAAACAAAUAGGAUGUUGCUUUCUGCCAUUUGAGUUUCCUUUCUGUCACAAAACUGUACUGAAACUCCGCAAAUAUAGGCUACGUUACGUGUCGCACAGUUUUUUUCCUUGUCUAUCAGUUAACUAACUUAAAUAUAUUGCAGGUAUUUUUUCCUUGUAUGUAUAUAUGUACAGAUUUUAUAGCCUAUAUAUUCAUUUUAUAUAAUAUUUAGUAUUUUCACAUGUAGGUGGAAAAAAAUUUAAUUUGUAUUACUGUCUGUUUAAAAUAAAUGAAAAGAAACCUAGUAUAGUAGAUUUGUUUUUUUUCUUCUGUUGUACCGAAAUCGUAUCGAACCAUGACCCUCGAACCGAGGUACCUACAGAACUGUGACAUAUGCUUUUGAGCCUUUUUUAAGCAUUUAAUGUAAAGUGCUCACAUUCUUCGAAAAAUUAGGUCAUGUACUUGUCACACAGUAGUUUGUCCUGUGGCUUUCUUGUAAAGUGGCUGACGUUCUGACAGAGGUUCUGCUAAUGAUUUUUUAUGCUUUUGAGGCUGUGAAAUUAAACUGGUAAAUAGAAAAUAUACAUGUAUUUGAUGUUUUGGGGACCCUAGUCACAAAAAUUAACUUUUAGUUUUUUGCUUUAGUUUUCAUUAUCUACACUUCAUCUAAGCAUCACGUAAUCUAAGCUUGCAUAAACAAAACUGUUGUUUCUUAAUUAUUGUAGCCUAAGAACAACAACAACCAAAAAACCCUUAAAUGCAUUUAAGAGAAUGCUAAUGUCAUACAUGACUUGUUACCCCACAAACAUGUCCUUAGUAACUGAAUUUUUAGUCUCUCUUAGCUGUUUUAUGCUUGUGAAUGUUUAGGCCUAUGCUAAAACAUUGAUCUUAAGAUCUAUAUUUGAAGAGCUGUUAACUGGGCCUACAAGCCAGUUGGACUUUUCUUGCUUUAAAAUUUAAUUUGUUCGGUUAAGUGUGCAUUGAUAAAGGUUAGGUUCAUCAGGUUUGGAGUCAGUCAAAGAUACUUGGAAUUGUUGCUGUGCAUUGAUUUUAUGGUUUCUUUGCCUUCUGUUUUCAAGACUUUCAUAAUCUAAAAUGACAACAACCUAGAUCUUGAGGCUUGGCCUUUUGUUUUAUAUGUCCUCUCUAAAAAGCCAUUUUGUAGAAGUGUGGCACAACAAUGAAGACGUCUUUUUUUCCCCCUACGAACUUAUUGUGUGUAGAUUUCUGGAUCUGGCCCCAUUCCAUACACACAACUACACAUCUAACCCUUUGCCCUCUCUCACACACACAAGCACCCUCGUGCUCCCUUUCACCCAGCCCUUUUUUUAAAGACACACGCAAUGCUUUUAACAUAAUUCAGCCCAUUGUUUGUAUCUGAACCAGACCCCCAUCCCCCCAGUCAAAUAAACAAAGAAGCGAGAGCUGCUGUAGUCCCUAAGCGAGCCAGGUGUUUUCCACUGCCAGCCUGCUCCCUAAUGACUAAGGCCUCGUGCUGCAGCUGCCUGCUAAGGCCUCUUUUGUGUGGCUCUAUUGUUGACCGCGCACCCCUCGUUUAUUCAUGAACCGCGUGGGGGAAGACCUUUUGGACAGCCACUAGCUUAUCCCCACACUCCCUUAGAAUAUCAACUGUGUGUGUGCAUCAGAGAAAGCGAGUGAGAGUGUGUGUCAGUAUUUACACUCAAUUGUGAGCUCCGUGUGCUCUCAUUGGUCCACACACAGCAACUGGCCUAUCGGGGAAUGGUAGACAUUGUAGCUCCAUCUGCUCAAGCUCUCAUUGUCUUCUGAAGGAACACAGUCUACGGCACAGAGUGUCACUUCUUCAAACUUUAUGGGUUUUGGGGCCCUUCAUCUGCUUGACUGGAUUUGUGCGUUCUUGGUUUUAAGUUGGAGUGCAACAAGGAAAAUAUAUAUUCUGUGCAUGGCAGUUAGCCAGUACUGAACUGAGAAGAGAUAUUUUAAUUAACUGCAAGAACUUUCCACACAUUUUUCCUACUUUUGCGUUGGAUAUUCCUGCACUUAUGGUUCACAUCCGAAAGGCAAUCUGAGGGCUGAAUAACAGGUGACAGGGUCAGCAAGACUCUUAGUUAGAACAGCAUUGGAUGUUUGUUGCAGAUUCAUGGGCCUGAAAGACCAUCUGGAUGAUGGAACAGGCCACAUCCUCAAACUGGGGCUGGAUCUAGACUACCUCCAUGUGAAGGCUACAGACCAGCAGACUGGCACUGACGCCGGACUUAUCAUGGACAGUGGUUCAUCUGACACAGGUGACCUUGUGGCCCCCUGCACUAGGAGCUGCAGUUCUUCGUCACAAGAUGACUCGGAGGAAAGUGCAGGGUCAUGCAGUGAGCUUGUGCAGAGCCACAGUCAUCCUCUCGUCGAUCCACUUGAUGGGUCCACCUAUGCAGUCCAUUCAUCGCACUGUUGGUCUCCAAGUCUGGAUAUGGAUUCAGUGGUUCUGGAUAUGGUACCCCAAGAGUCAGGCCCUGUGGAUACACUGAGGGAAUACCAGACAAAGAUGGAGUUUGCCCUUAAGCUUGGCUAUGCAGAAGACUUGGUUCGGCUGGUUCUGAACAAGCUAGGGUCGGGUGCAUUGAUCAAUGAUGUUCUUGGGGAGCUGGUAAACCUGGGCAGUAAGCCAGAGAAUGAGGGUGGGACACAGACUCUCUCCCAAUCCACUUCCACAUCAUCGUCAUCCUCUGGCACAUCUUCCUGCAGUUUUUCUGAUUCAGUUGACUCGCAUCGAUCAGAGUCCCCUUCUGUGGAUGAUAAGGAUAAUCUUCGCCCCAUUGUUAUUGAUGGCAGCAAUGUGGCUAUGAGCCAUGGCAAUAAGGAGAUGUUUUCCUGUCAUGGCAUUCAGCUUGCAGUUGACUGGUUUCUUGAACGUGGCCAUCGAGAUGUUACAGUUUUUGUGCCAGCCUGGAGGAAAGAACAGUCCCGCCCUGAUGCUCUCAUCACAGAUCAGGAGAUCUUGAGACAGCUGGAAAAGGAUAAGAUUCUUGUUUUCACACCCUCACGUCGUGUCCAGGGCCGCAGAGUAGUCUGCUAUGAUGACAGGUUCAUUGUUAAGCUAGCUUAUGAAUCAGAUGGCAUCAUUGUCUCCAAUGACAACUACAGAGACUUGGCUGUUGAAAAACCGGAAUGGAAAAAAUUUAUUGAUGAACGCCUUCUGAUGUACUCCUUUGUAAAUGAUAAGUUUAUGCCUCCUGAUGAUCCACUGGGUCGACAUGGACCAAGUCUGGAGAAUUUUCUUAGAAAAAGACCCAUCAUUCCAGAGCAUAAGAAACAGCCCUGUCCAUAUGGAAAGAAAUGCACCUACGGGCACAAGUGUAAGUUUUACCAUCCAGAGCGUGGUACACAGCCACAGCGAGCGGUGGCAGAUGAGCUCCGUGCCAGUGCCAAGAUCUCCACAGUCAAAAGUGUGGGAGAGACAGGUUUCGUGAAAAGCCACAGUGAGCCUGGAGGCUCCCGUAAUGAUAAAGCCAGUGACGGUAAACGAUCUCAACCAAAGAGGCAACUGGACCCCAGUCUCCGUGCCUUCUCUUACAGUGAUGUGGAGGAUAAGCUGUGUUCCAAAACUAAAGUAGAUCUGUGUAAGAGCAACCUAGCUCUGCCUCCAGCUCCAGGAGGUCCUCCUUCCUGUCAUGGGUAUAGCCAGGACUUGAAGGAUCACAAGCAGUCUCAAGCAGAACCCCACACAAACUGUGAAUCUCCUGAUCUUUAUUACUGCAUGGUUAGGGCAUACUCUGGCCUAAGCCUGCCUUCUCACAGCAGUCCAGAGCGUCACUUCCUGUCUGAUGCUGAUCCACGGACCAGCUCAGUGGCAUCAGAUUGCAGCAGUGAUGGCAGCAUGAGCUCAGAUUCUUAUGGCAUGGCAACCCACAACGAGCAUUCUUGCAUGAGCUCUCCUGAUUUGUUACUGGAUGAAGGAAUGAAGUGUCAUCACCACCAUCAUCAUCGUAGAAAUUAUCAGUUACCCUCUGCUAUUCCUCCAGGGUUCAUUCUCUCUCCUGCUACAUCUAACCACCCAGGAUUCCACCACAGCAUACCCCGUGUUCAGAGUUUUGCUUUAGAGGACCAGCAAGACCCCCAUUUCCAGCACUCUGUCUCCUACAUGUCUCCCCAACGCCAGCAAGUGGUAGGUUCCCGCUCAAGUUAUCCUGGAGACUAUCCUUCUCUCUGCCAGAGCAACACUCACUCCCAGAACUCUCCACUGGGUCGUGGCCUUGCCUCAACACGUUUGGACAGUGUGUCAGACUCCAGGCUUUAUGAACACUCUCCAUUGGUGCCUAGAAAACCCUACCUAUCCCAAGAGCGAAAGACCAGCUGGGAUCCACAUUAUAGACAGCACCCACAACAAUGGGAUCUUUUAAAGAACCGUGAACAGAUGUGGCGGAUGCCCUGGGGCUGUGCUUCUGCUCCUCCUCCAUCCCAUUUGCCCCACAUUUUAUCACACCAGCAGCAGGAGCCUCUUGCCUUGAGUCGUUACCAGGAAGUAAGAGAGAAAGUGUUUACCAACCUGUGCAACAUUUUUCCCACAGAGCUAGUACAGUUGGUCAUGGGGCGCUACCCUCAUGUGACCGAUGCCCAGCAGCUGGCAGCAGCCAUCUUGGCAGAAAAGAACCAUGCUGGAUACUAAGCGCUGAGGUAAACUGAAAAUACUCUCAACAUUUGCUCACUCUCAUGUUACAGCAAAUGUGUGAGUUUCUUUCUUCAGAUGAACACAAAGAAAAUUAAAAAAAAAAAAAAAAAAAUCUCUGGAAGUCCAUACAUAUAUGGAACCGCCAAAGAUGAAGGUUCAAAAGCAACACAAAACACAAUAGCAAUCCAUACGACGACUCCAGUUGUUGAAUUAGUGUUUUCUGAGGUAAAAUGGUAGGUGUAUAUGAAAGAUGCUUAUAUUUUAACUUUUUAAAAUAUGAACCAUCUUCUGGUCAAUUGUCAAAAGUGUGUUCACUUGACAUAAGCAUGUUGUGAAAUGUGAUGAAGUGCAUUGUGAAAUUCGUGGAGCCCAGUGGUCCAAAUCUCCAUUUGUGUUCAUCUGAUGAAGUAAAACCAUAUACAUGUGGGAUGGCAUGAUGGUGAGAAAUGAUGAGAGACUCUUCAUUUUUGAAUAGAGUAUCCCUUUAAACCUACACUCUCCUGCUAGCUUCUUGCACCCUAAUAAAAUUGAGUUCGUUGGUGAUGUCUAUUUAUGUAAAACACUGCAUUAAAUUUACCAUGUUACAGAUUUAAAUUUUCAGCUUUGAGAAAGUUAUGAUCUGUAGACAUGGGCAUCGUAAUGUUAAGCGUUUUUGAUUUCUUGCUAGAAGUGAGACUGAUAGAAAUUAUUGGCUGACUUAUGAGGAGAAUAUAGCUAUAAAAGACGUUAUAGACCCAAAGUGUGAAUGUUGUGAUGCGUGCGAUAUUUAUUUUUUGCUAUUUAUUUUCUGAAAUGUUUUACUUUAUGUUCAUGAUUAUGUUUAGGUGAGCAUGUAAUGAAUCACAAGGCACUUUUUAUUGCUGUUUAUCAAAUUCAAUUCAGUUUGGUAACUUAUGGCAAUCAGUAAGAGGAGAUGGAAAGCCAGAGUAUUUGUAGGUGUAGAUGGUCUGCAAUAGAAUCUAUUAGGACAGCUUGGCUAUUAUAUCUGUAAAGCUGCUCUGAAACAAUGUGUACUGUGAAUAGCGCUACACAAAUAUAUUAGACUGGAGAAAACAUAUGUUUAAAGCAUUGCAUUCAUCUGUGUCAACAGAUCAAGGCAUCAGUUUCAUGAAAUGUGUGUAAAGGGCGGGACCCUCUUUGCUUUUUUAGAAUGUCACAAGAACUUCUUAUUUGAGAAAUAUUUUUGUAUACAUUUGUUAAUUUCUGGAAGAUAAUCACUUUCAAAUUCAGAGGUGCUAUCAUUAAAAAAGCUUUAAGUAUUUUUAUUUUCUUUGCAGGUUCAGAAUUAUAGCCAUAAUCCUGCAGCUCUUUGCCUUUUCCUCCUCUUUGUGAUGUAAUGCCAACUCUCACUUGAAUUAUUUCCUUUUUCUUUCUUUCUUUCUUUCUUUCUUUCUUUCUUUCUUUUUAAUCACAUUCUCCAUAAUCUAGUUAUAUUUAAAUUUGGUUCUUUAUAUGCAAAAGUGGCUAGUCCAGUGAACUAAUUUGCCUAUUACUGACUGCUUAUAUUGCCAUGUUAAUUAUGAUUUUGUAAUGUUUAUUCUUUUACAUAUAGAGAUGAAUGUGUCAGGGUGUGUUUGCUUUUUUUUUUGUGAAUAGCCUUGGGUAUUCUGUAGUUUUGUCAGUGUUAUCAUAGAAAAACGGUCUGAAUGUAGCCACAGGUGUAGUGUAGUUAAGACAGUUGUCACCAGCUCUGUCUGUGUACCUUAGUUUUAGUAAGGGACAUCUCUGGUUAACCUUAUGGGUGCAUGAUGUUGUAUCCUGCUCUUGUUGAAAGCAAAUAAGGUUGAGGCCUGAUUUCUUUAAUGUUUUGAAAAUUUUCUUAAAAGGCAUGAAUUAUUCCAAAACUGUUUUCAUUUCCUGUGACUUAGGGAAGCCAGAGAAUACCUGUCCUUGUUGAUACAAAUUGUAUCUCUUUAACUUAAAUUCAGAGAUGUUUAUAUACAUAUGAUCUAUAAAAAGUAUAUUCACACACAUAGUUAUGUACAAUAGGUAGUACAUGUAUAAAUUAAAAAUAUUUUGGGCAACAUUUUAUUAUGAAGAUAACUGGUUCAGGUUUUUGUAGGGGGAGGAAGAGCAUUAAAUGCUUUUAAAAUGAAGAAGAGACAGUAAUUAAGGAGUUAAUUUAUUUUAUUUUAAAGCAAAUGUAUUUACGAUCUUAUUUCUUAAAUUAAAAAGAUAGCGUUAUUGGAGUAAACUGGGACAGGAUAUAAGCAACUUAAACAGUGAUCUUUUAACCCUUCUGUUGCGUUGGAGUCAAUUUGACCCACACUUGAAAUACUGGUUAAACUAUUUACUUUUUGAAAUUUUGUGAUUAUUUUUCAUUUAGGGUCAUGAAUGUGCAUGCAUUCAAUACACAGAUGUAGGGAUGUAAAGUUAUGAAAAAUUCUCAUCACGUUUAUAGUGAUUAAAAUUAUCACAGUUAUCAGUAUUAUAACGGUAUUGUUAAAAUGUGCUGGAAAUGUUCAAAAAGUACUGACACACAUAUAACUUCACAGAGUUUUAUAUUUAAAAUCAGCAAACAACAAAUAAAAUUACUUUUUGUUUGCAUAAACACUAAAACAAUUACAUUACUAAUGAUGUCCGGAUUUUAAAUAACGACAUAACUGACAACAGUUUAUCUAAUAGCAUGUUUAAAUAUCUAAUGUAAAUGUUCAAAUAAAACUUUGAAAAAUUUCAUAGAAAAGUAAACCUCACAUUUCAGUCUUUAUAUAAAGAGCAGGGUUCAAAAUGAGUCAAAAUGAUAAUUGAUUAAUAAAUGAUUAUAUGUAUUUUAUCUGCUCCAUAAAUAAUUCAAGAUAACUUAUCUGAAUUGUUUAAAUCUGUAGAAUCCACAUAAGCUUGAUCAACUGGUCAAAUUUUACAACAAGGCAUGCAAAUUCGGUCCAAUUUUUGGCCAGACAAAUACGACACACAAGCUGAAUGUAAAGAAUAUUUUAUUAGGCAUUACAUGGAGCAAAGAUGAAAUGAAAA